GCCAAACAUGUGGCACUUAAAUUCGUAUGUGCUCUGGAUGCUAGAUUGCCUUCAACAAAAAUGGAAGUAAACUGUUUUUGGAUCUUUUUGGUGUGAGAAACUGGUUUUAAAAAUGAUUUUGUUACGAAUAAAAAAAGGAAAUUAAUUCGAGAGGAUGAACUAUUCCGUACGAAUUGAGAAUUAAUCAUAUUUUUGAGACACGGGCGCUGAAUCAAGAGAUUGUGUAGUGUGUAUACUUAUUUAUUUUGAGUUACAAAAAUUGUAGACAGAGGAGAGAAAUGGACAUGACUUCGGAACAAACUUAGCAACAUUUUAUCAGGUACUUAAAGGAAAUUAUUGUUCACGAAUGAAACGAAAGGAAAAAUAGUUUAUAUGACAAUGUCAUAUAUGUGUCAUAUAAAACGUCAAAACAGUUCAUAAGCGUCUGCUGUUAAUAAGAGAGCGGUUGAUAAAAAACAAUGCAACUGAAUGAAAGUACGAGUAACUUGUCCAGUUCUGUUUUUGAAAAUGUGGAUAGUUUCAGCGAUGGAAGGCUUGACAUGUUUAAUUUGGUAAUAAUGACAAUCUUUUUGUUCUGCAUAUUUAUUGUGAGUUUUGUCGGAAACAUUUCCGUGUUCGUGAUAUUCUACAAGCGGCCCGUGCUAUUGACGAUUUCUAAUAGGUUUAUAGUAAAUCUAUCAGUAUGCAACAUCCUUCAAACCGUUGUAAUAAUGCCUUUCGUGUUUGUAUCGCUUAUUUCGCAAAAGUGGUGGUUCGGGACAUUUUGGUGCCAAGCCUCGGGAUUUGGGAUAAACCUGAUAUUUACUGCAAGUACAUUUACAUUGGUGCUUAUUGCCAUAGAUCGCUAUUUGGCAGUUGCAAAACCCUUACAUUACUCUAUGACAAUGACAAACCGAAGGUCGUCCUAUAUGACAGCUUCAGUUUGGAUUUUGGCACUUUUGUGUUCACUCCCACCACUAAUUGGAUGGAAUAGCUAUGAAUUCCAGCGAUACAAAAUUGCAUGCAUGACAGUUUCAUUUAGCAAACAUCAUAGUGAUAAAUCGUACAGUAUUUUUCUUGUAAUAGUGUGCUUCAUAUUGCCGUCAUGCAUAAUCGUGUGGGCAUAUUGUGCAAUUUUUAAAGCGGCGAAAGUGAACAGCGAAAAAGUGCGGCGCAACAGUACAAUAUCAUCUGGACUUAAUGACUACUCGGAAGUGUCACUUAGAGGGGGUCGUCGCCACAGCUCCGCGCAACUUUUAAUUCACAGACUUAGUUGCAGCAGCAAAACCGGGUCAGUUCUCUGGAGACGCGAUGAGAGAAAGACCGCGGUGACUAGUUUUAUGGUUUUAUUCACAUUUAUUUUAUGUUGGUUGUUGUACUUUAUCAUCAUUAUCCUAGAAUGCCUUUUAGACGACCCAGAUCGUAUAGACCCUGUCGUAAAGACGUUGUCAGUGCUACUUGCCCUGUCGAGUUGCGCAAUAAAUCCACUAGUGUAUGUGUUCCGCUGUAAACUUCAGAGGAUUGAAUUGAAAAGCAUUUUGGGUUUAAAACAGAAUAGUAGCAAAAGGGAUAUAUAUAAUGAAACUCAAAAUGGGUAUAGAAGACCAAGUUUUAACCCAAGCUGCAUCCGAAUGUCUCCUUGCAUAUCACGAGAAGGGAGUCAAGAAUCAGAAGUAAUUGAAAUUCUUUACCGCGUUCAUACAGCCGCGACAUUGACCUCAGUGUUACUACCGGAAGAGGAAGAAAAAUUGGCAAUGACAAAAACUUAAAUGGAUAUUUGUAUUGGACGUAUUUAUUGUUUGCACCUCUGUGACGUCACCAUGACUAUAUAUGUUUUGUUUCUCAUAGUUUGUUAUUUAUUUGGUAUUUCAAACGUUACAUUUGUUACAUGUAUUGUACCAUUUUGAUAUAUAUUUGUACUUCAGCUUCUUCACUUAUAAGGUUGUGUAUAUUCUGUAAGUACAUUGCUUAUUUAUGUUGAGACUUUUAGCUCAGCAGUUAUGAACCCAAUAUUUUUAUAAUUUUAUUAAAAACAAAAAUGUAACAAACAAUAUCAGUCCCACGUUAAAUUGUAUUUUAAGUUUAGCUCACUUUUGUUUAACAUACUCCUAUAUACAUUUUUAAAUUACGGCCUAACAACUGAAAAGCCAACGGACCAAUGCAUCAUUUAAAUGUGCCGCAAAUUGUAAAAUGUAUUCAUUUUCCUGAAAAAGGUGAUUUAUUGAAUCAACGAUAAUUGUCAUUGGGUGGAACAAUUUAUAUUUAGAUAAUAAAAUAAAAUUGGUUUAUUUCUCCUCAAUAUUGUUGAACCAAUACUCUUGCAUCAAUCCAUUUGUAAACAUUUCAUAUUUUUCUGCACAUCAAUUAUCUUUAUGUGUUGAUCAGACAUGCUGUAUCAUUUUU